AAUAACAAAAUGCAGUCAUUGAAGGAAAAAGCAUCAAAUGUUGCCGCUUCGGCAAAAUCUGGCAUGGAAAAAACUAAAGCUACUGUCCAAGAAAAGGUGGAGAAGAUGAAAGCUCAUGAUCCAACAGAGAAAGCGAUGGCAACAGAGAAGAAAGAUGAAAGGAUCUAUGAAGCAGAGAUGAACAAGCAAGUAACUCAAGACCGCAAUGCAGCUCUCCACCAUGGCGCGGGCACGGGCACAGGGAGGCAACAUUAUUCAAACACAACCGCGGGUUCCACUGGACAUCCUCAUAACAGCUAA